CAACCGAGUGUCACAAACUGUAAAUUGACAAAAGUUAUAAAGGGUUUUUUUUUGGAAAAGCUAAUUUGCCGCAAAACGUUCAAAAUGGAUAACAACGCAAGUCUACAGCAUUGUAGAAAUCGCAUCAAGAACCCACGUUAAUUGAAAAGGAGAUUAUUGCGAAUAUUGUCCAGAAAUGCCAACUAAUUAAAAUAAAGCUGGCGGCAUGCGCUGCGCCUGGGGUACUCAAAAGGGAACUGAAUGCCUGUAGGCUCAUCAAAGCAGAGCCUUUCGAAGAUGAAAAGAAUAUGGAUUUGGUAUCCAAGCAGCAAUAAAUAUCUUAUAUUAGGGCGUUUUCACUAAUGAGUUAUACUCAUAAUUUUUUAUGGCCCAGUUAAAUUCUAUAAAUAUGUGCACUACUCCUUGGAAUAAAUUACAUAACUGACGUUUUCUACAGCCGACCCCAUUUUAGGCAUAAUACUUUAACUUAAGAGUGAACUCAAAUAAUAUUUAUUCCAAAGAAUUUUUCUGUUCUGGGAUCUGGGCUCAGGACAAGUACACAGGCAAGGGUAACAGAUUCCAUCUUGGGAACAAGAGGGGGUUAGGAAUAAAGAAAGAAAGAAAGUCACCUACGAAUAACCCGGUUUAGUCGAUAAUAUCACUAUCAUCGUAUAUAUACAUAAUUUAUAAGGGCAUCUAUGUAUAUGUUAGACUGCAGGGCAUACACUAUAAACCAUUUCGCUUCCAAUCUUAAAAAUCCAAGCCUCCUAAUCGACAUUAUCCAGCACUGUUUUUACCGAUUAUCGAUUCAGAGAUUCUAAACUGUUAUCGACACGUGAUGUCCAGGACAUCAAUACAAAAUCUUUGUAUAUCAAGAGCAUUUAAUUUUGUCAGUCUUUUGGAUAUCGUUAUCUAAAUGUCACGAACAAUGAAUCGACAAAAAAAUAAAAAAAGGCAAUACCAUAAGAUGUUACAACAAAAGUCGGAAAGGGAUAAACGAGAUCUUUAUGUGCUCACCUGCACGGAAUGUCAUCAAGCAUUUCCGCCCCGCUACUUUCGUGGCCAGAUCAGGGAGUUUCGCAUGUGCAAGAUGUGCAAGAAGAAUAACCCGGAAAUAUGCAAAUAUUUGGAUAAGUAUGUGUAUCACCCGAACCAUAUACAUGACUGUCAUCCAUAUCAGAGACGCCUGAAGAGGAUAAUCCAAAAAUGCGAACUUCUUAAGAUUAAGUUGUUGACCCGCAAUCAUCAAUAUGGCUACAAACCAGCUUCAUCCAAAUUGGACAGUCACGACGUGAAUGCAAAGGCUGUGCAACUAUUAAAAAGUCUGAUCUAUAAGUGUGAGAUCGUCGACAAGGAACUGGGGUCUUACGACCUCUACAAGGCCAGGCCGGUCGAAGGCGAAAAAAAUGCGGAGAUUAAGAUGGAGCUAUGAAUGUAUUCCACAAAUCAAAUAAAUAAAGCUUUUUAAGCUGACCCAAUUUUACAUUUCCGUU